GGCCGGUAACCCAAUGGCUCUGGAGUGGGUGGAAUUCGGAACUACGCUCUAGCAGUUUGAGGCCCAGAGUUCGGCGUUUCUGCGCACGUGGUGAGCUACGUUGUGUAGACUCGGCUUGAGUGUUGGAGAGUGACCUGGGCUGGAGUGAUGGGGCCAGCCUCUGCAGAAGAGCACCUGCGCCGAGCUGCUGGGGAACCAGAGAUGAUGGGACCAGCCAUGGAUGGCACAGUCCAGGGGGGAAAGAAGAUGGCCUCAAGAAAACGUACAGUGGCUGGGUCCCUAGUAGACAGCCUCCUGCAGCCUGUGAAGCUCAGCCCGGAAGAACUGUACAAGGAGCCUACCAAUGAAGAGCUGAAUCGACUUCGGGAAACUGAGAUCCUGUUCCAUUCCAGCUUGCUUCGUUUACAGGUAGAGGAGCUACUAAAGGAAGUAAGGCUGUCAGAGAAGAAAAAGGGUCGGAUUGAUGUCUUUCUUCAAGAGGUCAAUCAGCGUAUCAAGAAGGUGCCCUCAACUGCAGAGACAGAGCUUAUUGACCAGGCAUGGCUCCCAGCUGGGGUUCGAGUCCCUCUCCACCAAGUGCCGUUUACUGUGAAGGGCUCUUUCCGCUUCUUGCCUCCAGUCCAGGUCACUAUUGUGGGCAGCUAUCUUCUGGGUACUUGUACCCGGCCCGACAUCAAUGUGGAUAUGGCACUGACUAUGCCCAGGGAAAUCCUACAAGACAAGGACCUGCUGAACCAGCGCUAUUUCCGAAAGCGUGCUCUUUACCUGGCCCAUUUGGCUGACCACCUGGCCCGAGAUCCCCUGUUUGGCAGCGUUCACUUCUCCUAUGCCAACGGCUGCCACCUGAAACCACUGUUACUGUUACGGCCACAUGGAAAGGAUGAGCACUUGGUCACUGUGCGCCUACAUCCCUGCCCUCCACUUGACUUCUUCCGCCCGUGUCGCCUACUGCCAUCUAAGAACAAUGUGCGCUCCACCUGGUAUCAAGGACAGAGUCAUCCAGGGGAUGGGAAACCAGAACCUCCUACCCCUCACUACAACACAUGGGUCCUGCAGGAUACAGCUCUAGAGUCCCACAUGCAGCUGCUUUCAACUGUGCUGAGCUCUGCCCAGGGGCUGAAGGAUGGGGUGACACUUCUGAAGGUCUGGCUGCGGCAGCGGGAGCUGGACAAGGGCCUGGGUGGGUUUAAUGGAUUCCUUAUCUCCAUGCUGAUUGCCUUCCUUGUGUCCACACGCAAGAUCCACACUACCAUGAGUGGCUACCAGGUCCUGAGAAGCGUCUUACAGUUUCUGGCCACCACGGAUCUGACCGUUAAUGGGAUCAGUUUAUGUCUCAGCUCAGAUCCCUCCUUGCCGGCCCUGGCUGACUUUUACCAAGCCUUCCCUGUUGUCUUCCUGGACUCUUCAGGCCGCCUCAACCUCUGUGCUGAUGUUACCGCCUCCACUUACCACCAGGUGCAGCAUGAGGCACGGCUGUCCAUGGCGCUGCUGGACAGCAAAGCUGAUGAUGGAUUCCAGCUGCUGCUGAUGACUCCCAAACCUAUGGUCCGAUCUUUUGACCACGUCCUGCAUGUCCGUCCAGUGAGUCGCCUGCAGGCAGCAUGUCACCGGCUAAAGCUCUGUCCAGAGCUGCAGGACAGUGGUGGGGACUACGUCUCAGCUGUUCUGGGCCCACUAACUGCCCUCCUGGAGAAGGGUCUGGGGACCCGACUGCAGCUGCUAGCUCACUCUCGGCCCCCAGUCCCAGAGUGGGACAUCAGCCAAGAUCCACCAAAGCACAGAGACUCUGGGGCCCUGUCCUUGGGAUUGCUCCUCCAGCCUGAGGGACUGAGCAGUGUCCUUGAGCUGGGUCCAGAGGCUGACCAACCUGAGGCUGCUGACUUCCGCCAGUUUUGGGGAUCCCGCUCAGAACUACGGCGCUUCCAGGAUGGAGCCAUUCGGGAAGCUGUGGUCUGGGAGGCAUCCUCUUUACACCAGAAGCGUCUUAUCCCCCAUCAGGUGGUCACCCACCUCCUGGCACUCCAUGCUGAUAUCCCAGAUACCUGUAUCCACUAUGUGGGAGGCUUCCUGGAUGCCCUGAUCCAACGUCCGAAGGAGCCCUCUAGCACGGGAGAGGAGGCCCUCACAGUGGCAGUGUGUUGCUAUGAUGACCUGAGCCGUCUGCUGUGGGGGCUGGAGGGUCUCCCUCUGACUGUGUCUGCCGUCCAGGGCGCCCACCCUGUGCUGCGCUAUACGGAGGUAUUCCCACCAGCCCCAGUCCGACCUGCCUUCUCCUUUCAUGAGCAUCUCCAAGAGCGGGGCUUGCUAUUGCCCCGGUCGGAUAAACCCUGCCCGGCCUAUGUGGAGCCCAUGACUGUGGUUUGUCAUCUGGAGGGCAGUGGUCAUUGGCCUCAAGAUGCUGAGGCGGUGCAGCGGGUCAGAGCCGCCUUUCAGCUGCGCCUAGCAGAGCUGCUGACACAGCAGCAUGGACUGCAGUGCCGUGCCACUGCCACACACACUGAUGUUCUCAAGGAUGGCUUUGUGUUCCGGAUCCGGGUGGCCUAUCAGCGGGAGCCACAGAUCUUGAGAGAGGUGCAGAGCCCUGAGGGGAUGAUCUCUCUGAGGGACACGCCUGCCUCUCUCCGCCUUGAGAGAGACACAAAGCACUUGCCCCUGCUCACCAGUGCCCUGCAUGGCCUCCAGCAGCAGCACCCCGCCUUCUCUGGUGUAGCUCGGCUGGCCAAGCGGUGGGUGCGUGCCCAGCUUCUGGGUGAGGGGUUCACUGAUGAGAGCCUGGAUCUGGUGACUGCUGCCCUUUUCCUGCACCCUGAACCCUUCACCCCUCCCAGCUCCCCCCAGGUUGGCUUCCUUCGGUUCCUUUCCCUUGUAUCAACCUUUGAUUGGAAGAAUAAUCCCCUCAUUGUCAACCUCAACAAUGAGCUCACUGCGGAGGAGCAGGUGGAGAUCCACCGUGAUUUCCUGGCAGCUCGGACGCGACUCCCUGUUAUGGUCCUUGUGACUCCGCAGGACCGCAAAAGCUCUGUGUGGACACAGGAUGGACCUACAGCCCAGAUCCUCCAGCAACUUGUGAUUCUAGCAGCUGAGGCUUUGUCUAUCCUAGAGAAACAGCUGAUGGAUCCCUGGGGACCUGGAGACAUCAGGACGGUGUUCCGGCCACCCUUGGACAUAUAUGACGUGCUGAUCCGCCUGUCUCCCCGCCACAUUCCCCGGCACCGUCAGGCUGUGGACUGUCCAGCUGCCUCCUUCUGUCGUGGCCUGCUCAGGGAGCCAGGGCCCUCAUCGCUGAUGCCAGUGCUGGGUUAUGAUCCUCCUCAGCUCUAUCUGGCACAACUCAGGGAAGCCUUUGAGGAUCUGGCACUUUUCUUUUAUGACCAGCAUGGUGGAGAGGUGAUCGGUGUACUCUGGAAGCCCACCAGCUUCCAGCCCCAGCCCUUCAAGGCUUCCAGCACAAAAGGGCGCAUGGUGGUGUCUCAGGGCGAGGAGCUGGUGAUGGUGCCCAAUAUAGAAGCAAUCUUGGAGGACUUUGCCGUGUUGGGGGAAGGCCUGGUGCAGUCUGUGGAGGCCCAAAGUGAAAGGUGGACUGUGUGAGCCCAGCUCUAAAGCAAGUUGUGGUGGACCUCUGGAGCAGGACCCUUUCAUAAUGGGCCUGAUGUCCUGAACACACUCAAUCAUCCUCAGAGAAAGUCCUGCCCCGACUUCCUCUCUGCUGCUUCAGCACCGAGGCAGGGAUGUGGUAUCUUGGAGAGCACCCUGGCCUUCCUCCCUGGACAGCCAGAAGAGGACUACAAUCUUGCUCAGAGGAGACUGAAUCCAGAUCUGUCACCUUGCAGCCCUGGGCCUGGGCCUUCGCUUUCUUUUUUCUCCUCUUUUCAUUCUUUUGUUCCUUCUUCCCUUUUUUCUUCUCCCUCUUAGGCUUCUCAAAGAAACACUUGGAGAAGAAGCUGUUUCCUUGAGUUGGAGGCUCUGUCCCCACCCCAUGGGCAGGACAUGUGUGCAGAUCUCACUGUGCCCUGCACUUGUAGCAUCAGCCUUUAGCUGGGCCCCAGAGGUGUGGCUCUUCCUAAGAGUCACAGCAGCAACACCAAGCAAUGGAAAAGAGGCUUUGUGUGUCUGAAUGGACAACACUGAGAGGACACAAUGCCCUCCUGUGUUGGUGCUGUUGCUUACCAGAGUGGAGACAGUGGGAAAGAGCAGAGAACAGGAAAAGUGGGGUGGGUGAAAGGGUCAGGUGGUCCCCAGUGUCCAGGAGGCACAUAGAAAGCAUCAGGUGCUGACCCUGGCCUGUUUGUUCUGCCCCUGUGUAUCACACUCGCCCUGCUGUGCACUCCUAGUGGAGCUGCAGAGAUGAGGACCCAAGUCUUGUUCUCCAGGAGCUCCGGAGCCCCAGGGGACAUGGGAAUGUGGCCUCUUUCAGUCUGGUCCACACCCCUUUUCUGGCAGCCGCUCCCACUCCUGUUUCCUGUAAUCAUGGCAGUUUUUCCAGACUCAGCUCAAAUGGUGCCCCUCCUCAGCUGAGCCUUUGUCCCUAGCCGGAGGUGUCCUUGCUCUCCUGUGAGCUGAGAGCAGAUCUCCCUGUGAGUGCUUGGCAGGGCUGCCCGGCAGUCAGUGUGUACCCUUCUCUUGAACUCUCAUUUAAAUUAAAAUGCUUAAUUUUGUCUA